AUGGCCCCGACACGCCCAUUGAAGCGACAAAAGACCAACCCCGACGACCAACCUCCGACCGCCGCAAGCGUGAAGCCUGAGCAAAUACCAUUGCCGCCUGAUACACCCACGAGGCAGCCACAGCCUGAUCCGCCCAAACCAGCACAGGACAGUCCCCGUCUUUCAUGGUAUCAAUCAUGGUCGCGCAAGGCGGCUCCAGUGACUGAAGUGGCUCGCGCAAGCUCCAAUUCGUUGACCAAUGCGGCAUCCGAGACUGCUUCCAUUUUCAGCGACCGCACCACCCCACGUCGACCCUCCACGCGGUCUGCAUCUCUGUCCAUGACUUUGGGCAAGAGCGGUUCCACCCGCUCCUUACCUGUUGACGCUACAACAUCAAAAGUCCAUGCGACUUCAGAAUCCACAAGUCCGAGCAGAAAGAACUCGACUCAAACGGGACCAACAGAGAACAAUGACAGAUCUAAAGGCGAAGCUCAACAAUCAAAUGCAGUUGCAAGCAGCUCGUGCUCGCCAGAAGAUGCUGUCGAGUCCAAGCCUGACUCGUUUGCGGUAAACAAUAUUACAACCAGUUCACGCGAGCCUAGGCAGAGCGGCUGGUUCGGCUGGAUUCCAAAAGGCGAACCGACGUCUGAGCAUUCCAAAGAAACGCAACGACCCAAGACCGAGACCACAACCUCCGCAGAUAGUGCCAGCGCAGUUCCGAGGACGAACGCAAGCGCCAGGGACGGGACCCAGCCUGAGAUCGGCCGAGCAGUUGUUGAAGCUGAUAAGAAGAAUACCAAUGCUCAGACACACCUCUCCACUGUAUCAGAUGCAAGACAGAAGCGAACAUGGCUGCAGAUGCUGGGUGGCGAUUCUACCGCGAAGCUGGCUACAGUUCAGGAGCAACCGCACACUGAUUCUCAGACUGAAGAUGCCAGCAAGCAGGUCAAAUCGCAGAACCUCGAUGUUCCGAAAGCGAAGAAUACUCCCGCAAAGUCUGCUGACCAGUCUCAGGCGUCCUCCGUCGAAACAUCGCCUCCGCCACCUUUGCCAGGCGAUGGUAGCAAAUCGGCUGGAUGGGUGUUCUGGUCCAGAGACAAGAAGCAACGGCCAACUACGCCAUCCACUUACGGAAAAGCACCACCACAUGAAGGUGAAAUUGCCAUAUCGGAUACACCGUCGCAGAGCAAGCCCAAGCGAGCGUCCAUCAGUCUUCCGGAAGAUGCAAGGCCAGAUGCUAAGGCUCUAAACGAAAGUCCAUCUAAAGAUGGAAAGAAGACGGACUCGAUCAAAAGUAAGGAGGCCCCGAAGACUCCGUCGGACAGCAAGAAUGCGAAGAAGGCGGAUCCCAAGGUUACCCAAAAAAUCGAAUCAAAGAAUGCAACUGCCGUUGCUGUUGAGCAGCCUAAAGCCACAAGGCCGGCCUCUCCCGCACCAUCGAAGGCGGCCGUCGACAAUCUCCUUCUCCCAAUGUUCCACGAUACGCUUCACGUACACCAGAGUCCAUCGCUACUUCAGCAGCUUAGCAGGUUGCUUUACUACACCAAGGAGCCAGAGCUCAGGCAUCUUUCACUAGUCAAAGAUCCGCCACGAAUCAGGAGCGCCCUUGUCAUUGGGGUUCACGGCUACUUUCCUGGCCCAAUGGUGCGGACCUUGUUGGGUCAGCCGACAGGCACUUCCAUCAAGUUCGCAGAUAUGGCAGCCAAAUCCAUUCGUAAGUGGACCAACAGUCGUGGUUAUGACUGCGAGGUCAAAACGGCAGCGCUGGAGGGCGAGGGAAAAAUCCAGGAGCGAGUAGAGUUGCUUUGGAAACUCUUGCUCAACUGGAUCGAUGAAAUUCGCCGAUCCGACUUCGUCAUGGUGGCUUGCCACAGCCAGGGGGUGCCAGUUGCCAUUAUGCUUAUCGCCAAAUUAAUCCAGUUUGGCUGUAUCAGCGCGGCGCGAGUUGGCAUAUGUGCCAUGGCUGGUGUUUCUAUGGGACCCUUCGCCGAACUGAAAUCGCGAUGGAUCAGCGGCUCGGCGGGGGAGUUGUUCGAGUUCUCCGAUGCUACCAGCAAGGUCUCGACGGACUAUCAGAACGCCAUGGAGACAGUUCUGAAAGCGGGUGCCAGGCUGACGUUCGUCGGGAGCAUUGACGACCAGCUCGUGUCGCUCGAAUCGUCUAUCUUUGCACCCCUUACACAUCCUCACAUAUACCGCGCAGUUCUCAUCGAUUCGCGCAUACACGCUCCAGGAUUUCUGUCGCAUCUUGUCGGCUUCGUACUGAAGCUGCGUAACCUUGGUGUCCAAGAUCAUGGGCUUAUUCGUGAGUUGUCGUCUCCUUUGGCCGGCAGCUUGUAUACAGGAGAAGGUCACUCGAGAAUAUAUGACGAUGAGGGAGUAUACGAUUUAGCGACAGCAUUCGCGCUCGAGACCACUGCCCAGCUCGGUGUCGAUGUUACCAAGAGGGAUAUUCAGUCAUCUAGCGGCAACCCUUACAUCCUCCCUUUUGCCAUGAGAGGCAUUCUCGAGGAAGAAUUUGUGCGAUCAGAGCUUCGUGAAGAAGUGAAUCAGCUGCUCCAUCAAUUCGACGAAUGGAAGCCAAACACAAAAGCGCUCAAGGACGUCAAGUUCAGGCUUGAAGGCGUACGGUCGAAGCUGUGA